AUGGAGGGAGCGGGGCGGGAGCCGGAGGAGGGCGAGGAGCCGGCUGCCAUCAGCGCCAGGAACAUCCUGGACAGCUUCACCGAGAGCCGCGAGGUCGCGGAGCUCAUCGGGAACCUGCGGGAGGUCUUCGCGGAGCUGGUGACAAGGGAAAUGGCCGUGGAACGGUUCAUAGGUAUAAUGGACAAGUACCAGGAGCAGCCUCACCUUUUGGAUCACCAUUUAGAGGGGAUGAUGAAUUCCUUGUUGGAGAUAGUAUGGGACAGUGCAUCUCCUCCCCCACUAGUUCACCUGGCUUUUAAAUUUCUCUACAUCAUUACAAAGGUGAGAGGCUACAAACGUUUCCUGCCCCUGUUCCCUCACGAAGUCAGGGACCUGCAGCCUGUUUUGGAUAUGCUUGCAAAGCAGAACCCAAGAGACCCUGAGACUUGGGAAACUCGCUACAUGCUGCUGUUGUGGCUGUCCAUGAUCUGCCUGAUCCCUUUUGACCUGGCCCGUUUUGAUGGGAACCUCGUUUCCCUGGAGGGGCAGGCUCGGCAGCCAACCAUGGAUCGCAUCCUGGACAUAGCCAAGUGUUACCUGGUUGUCAGUGACAAGGCUCGGGAUGCAGCUGCUGUGCUGGUGUCCAAGUUUAUUGUCCGCCCUGAUGUCAAGCAAAGCAGGAUGGCAGAUUUCCUGGAGUGGGUGCUCUCCAUGUUAUCCAAAUCCUCCUCCCAGACCAUGGAGGGCACUGUCAUUGUGAAUGGCAUGCUCCAAGCCCUGGCACAGCUGUUUAAACAUGGCAAGAGAGAAGACUGUUUACCAUAUGCUGCUACUGUUCUGGAAUGUCUUGAUAGCUGCAAGCUGUCAGAAAGCAAUCAGAUGGUUCUGCGCAAGCUGGGCAUGAAACUGGUCCAGAGGCUUGGGCUGACAUUUGUGAAACCAAAGGUAGCAAAGUGGAGGUACCAGCGUGGCUGUCGCUCCCUGGCUGCCAACCUGCAGGCUCAGGGGGCUGCUGUGCAGAACCAGAAGAGAGAAGUUGCUGCUGCUGAAGCUGAAGCUGAUGAUGAUGAGGAAUAUGACAUUCCAGCAGAGAUUGAAAAUGUUGUAGAACAAUUGUUGGUUGGCCUGAAAGACAAAGACACCAUUGUCAGGUGGUCUGCAGCCAAAGGAAUUGGUAGAAUAACUGGAAGACUUCCAAAAGAAUUAGCAGAUGAUGUGAUUGGGUCUCUGUUGGACUGUUUUAGUUUCCAGGAAACGGACAACGCGUGGCACGGGGGGUGCCUGGCCCUGGCUGAGCUGGGCAGGAGAGGAUUGCUGCUCCCUUCCCGAAUCCCAGAUGUGGUCCCUGUGAUGCUGAAGGCGCUGACAUACGACGAGAAGAGGGGGGCGUGCAGCGUGGGCUCCAACGUCAGGGACGCGGCCUGCUACGUGUGCUGGGCCUUCGCGCGCGCCUACGAGCCCGCCGAGCUCAUCCCCUUCAUCAGCCACAUCUCCAGUGCAUUGGUUAUUGCUGCAGUUUUUGAUCGUGAUGUCAAUUGCAGAAGAGCUGCUUCUGCUGCCUUCCAGGAGAAUGUUGGGAGACAGGGCACUUUCCCCCAUGGCAUUGACAUCCUGACUGCAGCUGAUUAUUUUGCUGUUGGUAACAGAGUUAACUGUUACUUGACUAUAAGUGUGUAUAUUGCUGGCUUUCCUGAGUACACACAGCCAAUGAUUGAUCAUUUAGUUAACAUGAAGAUUAACCACUGGGAUAGUGUUAUUCGAGAACUUUCCACCAAAGCUCUGCAUAACAUCACUCCCCAGGCCCCUGAGUACAUGGCAAACGUGGUUUUGCCAAGACUUCUGCCUUUAUCAGUGGGCUCAGAUCUGCACACACGCCAUGGGGCAAUCCUUGCCUGUGCUGAGAUCACCCAUGCUCUGUGUAAACUGGCACAAGACAAUAAUAGAUCUGUCACAUACUAUUUCCCUGAAAAAUCAUUGGAGGGGCUCAAGCAAAUUCACCAAGAGCUUUGCAGUCGUCAGUUGUACAGGGGUUUAGGUGGAGAGCUGAUGAGACCAGCUGUCUGCACUUUAAUUGAGAAGUUGUCACUAUCAAAAAUGCCAUUUAGAGGGGAUCCAAUAAUCAGUGGUUGGCAGUGGUUAAUAAAUGACAGCCUAAGACAUCUCACUCUUGUUUCCAGUGCUGCACGACAGCAUAUAAAGGAGUCUGCAGUGACUGCACUGGCUGCUCUGUGCAAUGAAUUUUACAUCAACGAGAGGAGAGAAGCUGAUCCAGCUCUGCAGGAUGAGCUGGUGACACAGUACGUUUCAGAACUACAAAACUCAGAGGAAAUGAUUCGUUGUGGCUUUUCACGAGCUCUUGGGGCCCUUCCAAGAUUUCUGCUGAAGGGCAGGCUCCAGCAGGUUUUGGAAGGUCUAAAAAAAGUUACAAUAAUUUCUCCUGAAGAUGUGAGCUUUGCUGAAGCCAGGAGAGAUGCCUUAAUAGCAAUUGCAAAGGUUUGCCAGACAGUGGGUGUGAAGGGAGAUGGAUCCCAGCAGGAGUUUGUGUGCAGGGAUAAUGUUGAUCAGAUUUAUGCCACGCUGCUCACUGGUGUCACCGACUACACCACCGACAGCCGGGGGGACGUUGGAGGAUGGGUGCGUGAGGCUGCCAUGACCAGCCUGAUGGAGGUGACCCUGCUGCUGGUGCAGAACGAGGCAGAGCUGAUUAAUGCCAGCAUCUGCAAGCAGAUUAUGUGCUGGCUGGCUCAACAGUCAGCUGAAAAAAUAGAUAAAUUCCGAGCUCAUGCAGGAUCUGUGUUCCUUACUCUUUUGCACUUUGACCAUCCUCCAGUUCCACACAUCCCUCACAGAGAAGAGCUAGAGAGGAUAUUUCCAAGGUGGCAGAAGGAGACGCUGAACUGGAACGCGGCGUCGGAGGCGUUCCCUCGGAUCACGCAGCUGCUGGGGCUGCCAGCCUACCAGUACCACGUGCUGCUGGGGCUCUCUGUGUCCGUGGGGGGACUCACAGAGACCACGCUCAGGUACUCUGCCCAGAGCCUGUUUGACCACAUGAAGAAGAUCCAGAGUGACCCCAGUGCUUUGGGGAGUUUUUGUGAGACGCUGCUGAAGGUCUUUGAGGACAACCUGAGGAAUGACCGGGUGUCUGUGCCUCUGCUGACAAUGCUGGACCAGAUGCUGGCAAAUGGCUGUUUUGAUAUGUUCACUGAGCAAGAGAACCAUCCCUUCCCAGUGAAGUUGUUCACCCUCUGUAAAGAAGAGAUCAAAAGGUCCAAAGACAUCCGGAAGCUUCGCUCCAGCAUAGGAGUAUUUUGUGGCCUGAUUCAAUUUCAAGGAGACAUGAGAGAAAAAGUUUUCUUCCAGUUGUUUCUCCUCCUUUGCCAUCCCUUCCCUAUAAUCAGGAAGACCACGGCCAGCCAGGUGUACGAGAUGCUGCUGACCUACAGCGACGUGGUGGAGCCAGCCAUCAUGGAGCAGGCCACGGCCAUCCUCAGUGACACCAACUGGGAAGCAGAGCUGCCCGUGGUGAGGGAGAGACGAAACUGCCUCUGCGACCUCAUGAAAGUGCCCAGACCCCAGCUGGUGGCCAAGAGUUCAGCAUGAGGAGAGCAGGUCCUGCUGCUGGGUUCUCCUGGAGCUCCUCAGUGGUUCCAGGGUGGGAAGAAGCUGAGCUGUGGCAUCCUGAUCCAUCCUGACACCUGAGCCCUGCACUGCUGGGCAGGAGAGGCAGAGCCUGCCUGAAAGCACCCAUGUGCCACAGGAAGGCAAAAAUUCCUUGUUUUCAGUUUUUAAUGUUGCUGUCUGGCAGGUUUUUGUCAUGCUCUGGGCACACUGAGCUGUCUGGUUUGGUGUCAGGGGUUUGUACCUCCCUGAAUGGAGCCCGUGUUUGUACACACCCCAAGAAUUAAACCUGACCUGCUGCACUGAUCUCUUCAAGAUUGAUUUUUCAGAGGUGAGAAUGGCAACACUCAGUGAUACUGAAAUCAUCCUGAGCAUCAAGUGUCCCUGUGGAAAAGUCUGUCAUUCCUAUGUCAUAGUCAAACAAAAAAAUCCAGGUUUCACUUCAGCUGAUGUCAAAGCCUCUCUUAACAGCUCUUUAUGUAACUAAUUCAGACAAAUUGUUUUUGUGGUAAACUCGGUUUUGAAGAAGGCGAGGCAGUUCUUCAAGCAGCUGCCUGGAUUCCAGCUCAUUUCUUACCCCCUACAAAAUGAAAUCACUCUGAAAUUGAUCUUUAGUGAGAUCAAUGUGAUGGGGAGGCCAAAAGCACAGGCCACAUCAUAUUGUAAUUACACUGUUAUUUUAUGGCUUUAAUGAAAUCCCAACAGUAGAACAGUGGCUGUGUGUGUAUUGACACCUCUACAAAUGUGAAAGGACGGAAAAAUUCAGGCAGAGAAGCUAAAACCAAGCCAGUUUCUCUGUGAAGUAAAUGCUGCAAAGUGCAGGUGCUCACUUCCAACCUGGCUGGCUCAGACUCUGUUUGGUUUUGAAGAAAGUAACAAUAAAUGAGAUUAUUCAAUGCUUCUUAAGGCUUCCUGCAAGCUGGACUGGCAGCUGGAAUUAGUGGAGCUCACUGACUGUUAAUCACAAUUUACCAGUCAAACUGAGUGAUGUGCAACAGCAAAAGUAGUAAUGCACACAGUAAAAAAACCGGUAAUAACUACUAAUGUGCACAGUAAAAAAACCAGUAAUAACUAGUAAUGUGCACAGCAAAAGUAAUGCAGCAUUACCCUGGUGUAACUGUGACCUCCCUUACAAAGGGGUUAGUCAGCCCAAAGAUUAAAUUAACAAAUCCCAAAUGACUAAAUAGUUCUAAAUCCCUGAAGAAUUUGGUUUUCCUGCACCCAAACACACAGAGAGCAGCACUGCCUCACCUUGCUUUAGUUAAAGUGAUAAUAAUCCUUCCCUUCCUUCAGGUUCAGCGUGGCCAGGUUUGUUUCAAAGGCUCCACCUGUCAUGUCCUGCAAGGGAAGAAGAAGAAAAUUAAAUCAAACUCAUUUCAGGCUGUAGUUGGCUUACUGAUUCUUUAGGCCACAGGAGAAAGUCCCAUUUGCAGAACUAAACAAAUAAACCAAGGCCCAGGAAAGUUUCUAUUGAAAAAUUCAGGGUAUUUUGAAAAUUUAGUGUUCACAUCAGUGUGGGGGGAUAUCAGACAGCUCCUCCCUCUGCAGUGCUGCUCUGGGGCUGCUCAGCCCAGCUCUGCUCUGGUGUUUGCCAACUCAGACAUGGGCAGAAAAUGGACCAAGGCAUGAGUUGGGCAAAACAAGUGGUUGGGUGGAUUCUGAGCACUGAUUAGGUUGUCUGAUAAAACAAGCCCUUCGUCAAGCAGAUGAAGUAUUCUGCAGAGUUAAAGGUGUUUCCUUUUGAGCCCCAGUCAAGUUAUCAGGACAGGAACUGGCUACAUUUGGUCCUUGAGCAACCUCAGUGAUGUCAUUAUGAAAACAGGGCAACUUCAGCAUUCCUGAGCACUUCCUGCAAUCCUGAAUUACUGGUCUUAAGGAAUGUCACCAAAAAAAAAAAAAAAAAACCCCAAAAAUUAUUGUUUCUGUGGUUGGACCAGAACAGCAAGAGUGAAGUUUUAACUGUGAAUGUUUAGGAUGGGAAGUUACAGAAAGGGAAUCCAACUGGAAUUGAAGGAGUUGAAAAAAAAUAACCUGCUUUAUAGAGGGUUUAAAAAAAUAUAUAGGAGACCAGAUGCUAAAUUAAGUGGGAGAGUUAAAGACAAAUCUUUCAUUCACAAAGCACAGGAAAAGCCAGGCAGGGCUGUACAAUAAGAGAUUUAAGCACAAAUUUUCUGAAAACUUUGUACAAUCAAACUACUUUAAUUGCUGUGACAGAAAAAUAAAACUCCCUUUCAUUUCCAGCCGUUGGAAUCCAAGCCAAGGCAGGGCACAAAGCAGCAUUUCCAAGCAUUUUGCUUUUACCUCCAAGCAAGAGCAAACAGGGAGCACAAACCCUUGGGUGAAGUGGCCCUGAGCAGCUAAAGCCACACUUUGAUUCUCUUC